AUGCCACAAAAAGCUCUGAAAGUCACGAAGAAGACCAAGGACCCCAGAAGAGUUACGAAGAUGCAGAAGAACCUCCGGAAAGCGGCCCCUUUGCAAAUCAAGUCCAAAAAGAAGUCCCUGGCUCACUUGAAGAAAUUGAACAAAGCAUCUUCGCUCACAGAGACAACUGAAAGGCUUAUAUCCAGUAGAGUAGGCCAUUUGGAAUUGCUGAAAGGUACUAGGAAAGAAUUGGAGAAAGAAAAGAAGAAAGAGGGCAAAUAA